CCUCCACGGUCGCCCCACGCCAGCAGAAACUGUAACUAAAACAUUCUACUUGAAGACACUGGCAAGCUGUGUUAAAAAGUAUCAUUUAAAAAGAAACAUCUAAAAAACCAUUAAAAAUCUUUUUAGUGCUCAAAAUGUGGUGUAGAUUACAAACGAUCAUAAUACCGAUGAUAUUGUUCGGAUUGAGCGUACCAUCUGUGGAGGGUUUAGGAUUCUCCUCGUUUGGGAAAGCGAACACUGACCCGCCCGAACCACCCAAGCCGACAGCGCCCCCUGCGCCUCCGUGCAGCCGCCAGGCUCAAUGCGCGGGGAUAAGUGGCACAUCCUGCGUGAGGACCCACUAUGAUGCUACAACAAGAUGCCUAUGCGGGGACAAUCUUCCACCUGUAAACGGGCAAUGUGACGGCACGCAGAACAAAAAUCUGUAUCACGCCUGCUCGAACAGCGAUGAGUGUAACGACGGCUUGAUCUGCGGUGCUCCUAACAUCACCAACAACGCGCCUUACCUCCGUGUCUACCAACCUACCGACAAGAUUUGCCUUUGCGAUGCUGAGAAUGGUUAUAGGGAGCGCGAACACACUUGCAGCGAUGCCGACAUCUUGAAAACUUCUAUUUUCGCCAUUGUAGUUGUGGCGUGCAUAAGAAAGUUUCUGGUUUAUUAAAUUAUACAUAAUAUUUUAAUGUAACGUCUCACGUAAUUUUUGUUUUUUUGACAUUUCGAUACCUUCCACGUAAGUUGUUUAAGUCAAAAUGCAAUUUUUUGCUUUUUAACUUAAAUCAUUGACUUACAAAUAAAUGGACGACGGGUCUAAUACAAAACCAAGAAAAAAUGUCCCAAGUCAACCUAUUUAAACGUAGUGACAUGUAA